AUGUCCAUGACAAUGGCGGACGACUUCAUCACACAUCCUCAGUCCUUUGACAAGUCAAAAUCGCCUCCAGAGCUCGGCCACUCAAUGCUGGAAUAUUUCGCCUUCGAAAAAGAUUACACGAAUAUGAACAAUGGUUCUUAUGGUUCCGCUCCGACAUAUGUUCUUGAAGCGGCGAAAGCCUUCUCAGCUCAAGCUGAAGCCAAGCCUGAUCUGUUCCAUCGGUUAUCUUACAUACCACUUCUCAAGUCAGCUAGACAGAAAGUAGCCAACCUCGUUGGGGUGGCCGAUGUCGAUGAAGUCGUGUUUGUACCCAAUGCCAGCCAUGGAGUGGGUACGGUUCUAAGAAACUUCAUUUGGGAGAAGGGGGAUGUCCUAGUCACCUGCAAUACCACCUAUAACGCUAUCUCUCGUGCUGUCCAGUACCUAUCUGACGUUCCACCACACCCCGAGGUUUCCCAAUUCACCAUUCUGCUUCCCGAUACUACUCACGCGAAGCUCAUCGAGGACUGGCGCAGGUAUCUUAGGUCCUUGACCGAGUGUCGUAACCGUGUCAAUCCAAAAGGCAAGAUCGUUGCAGUAAUCGAUGCGAUUGUCUCCAAUCCGGGCAUACAUCUUCCUUGGAAAGAGAUGACCAAGAUAUGUAAGGAAGAGAACGUUUGGAGUUUAAUAGACGCCGCGCAUGCAAUUGGACAAGAAGUUAACAUUGACUUGAAUGAAGCGAAUCCGGAUUUCUGGAUAAGCAACUGCCAUAAGUGGCUCUUCACAAAAAGGUCUGCGGCGGUUAUGUAUGUGCCCAAAAGGAACCAACAUAUAAUCAAAACCACCUUCCCGACCUCACAUGCCUACAUAUCUCCAGAUAAACGAAACGGUCGAUACAACUUCGUUGAGCAGUUCGAAUGGAAUGGCACCAUUGACUGGUCCAACUAUCUUAGUGUUCAUGCAGCUCUAGACUUCCGCGAAUGGAUUGGUGGGGAAGAAAAGAUCAAUGCUUAUUGCCGGCACCUGGCUAUCGAGGGCGGCAGGAAAUUGGCAGAGACGAUGGGUACAGAGAUGUUGGAUGUGACAGAGAACCAGGAGUUCACCUUGAAUAUGACAAACGUGGCCCUUCCGCUCUCUCCACGAGUGCCGUUCACGGUCGAGGUGGACAUGAAGUUUAAAAGGAAGAUGCUACUAGGCAAGAAGACAUUCGGUGCGCACUUCGUGCAUAAUGGGCGUUGGGGUGUCAGGGCCAGUGCCCAGGUUUGGUUAGAGGUUUCAGACUUCGAGGAGCUUGGAAAGGCAUAUCUUGACGUUUGUGCAGAAAUCGAGAAGGAGGUGCUCACCGAAAAAGAACCUCUAAGCGAGUUGGAGAAAUAG